AUGGGUCUGCUUUGGGAACUAUCUGAGCCAUUGAUCAGUGCAGAACAGAAAGUUUGCCCCGUGACUUGGCUCUGGGGCAGAUCUGAAUCUCUGAGAGAGGCAUGGUGGUUUCCUGUGAAUCUGGUGCAGAGUUCAGGGCUCAACAACACUUGUGACCCAGAGCUGCAGGCAGACAGGUACUGGGCUGAGAGGCAGACAGAGGGGAUUUGGGGGCUCACUGAGAAGCCCUGUGUGCUGUAUGAGGCCAUUGGGCAUCUGCAGGGAAUGCUGGCAGACCAUCUUUUGCUUUUGGAGAGACAAGUAUUGGCCCUGGAGGCUCUAUGGGUUUCUUGGUUCUUCAGGGCUCAAUCUCAAAUCACAAUGAACAACUACACAGCUGUGGUAGAGUUUGUCCUGCAGGGAUUUUCUGGGGAUCCUGGGUUCCAGGCUUUCUUCCUGGCCUUUUUCUCAAUUUUCUAUAUCCUGGCUCUUGUAGGAAACACCCUCAUUUUCAUGGCCAUCAGCCUGAACCCAAGUCUUCACACCCCCAUGUACUUCUUCCUUGCAAACCUGGCCCUGUUGGACAUUGUCUGCACAUCCACUGUUCUUCCCAAGCUGCUGGAGGGUCUGGUGGGGAAGGGCAGCCACAUCUCUUAUAAGGGAUGCUUGACCCAGCUUUUCUUCCUAACCUGGUUUCUGGGGGCUGAGCUGCUGCUGCUCACGGCCAUGGCCUAUGACCGCUAUGUGGCCAUCUGCCGCCCACUGCACUAUAGCAUGCUGAUGAGUCGGCCCGUCUCUGUCCUACUGGCAGGCAGUGUGUGGGUCAUCAGUGCAGUUAGCACAUCCGUGCACACUGGCCUAAUGGCACAGCUCCAUUUCUGUGGCCCCAACCAAAUUCGUCACUUUUUAUGUGAAAUCCCAGCAUUGCUACUGCUGUCUUGCAGCCCAACCACCCUCAACAACAUCAUGAUUGUCAUCGCAGAUGUUUAUUUUGGUGUGGUCAACUUCCUGUUUACCAUGAUAUCCUACAGCUUCAUCAUUGCCAGCAUCCUACGUAUCCGCUCUGCAGAGGGUAAGAAGCGUGCUUUCUCCACCUGCUCUGCCCAUCUGGUGGUGGUCACCUUGUACUACUCCACUGUCAUCUAUACCUAUGUGCAACCUGGCUCUGGAUCCUCCUUGGAAAAUGGCAAGGUGGUUGCCUUAUUGUACACAGCAGUCAGCCCGACACUCAACCCCCUCAUUUACUCUCUGAGGAAUAAGGAUGUCAAAGUGGCCCUCAGGAAGGUGUUUCCCUGUCUUGUUCAUGUGGAGAUCAGAGACCAGGUUAUAGGAACCAACCCUUUCCUUCCGCCAUAUGGGCUCUCAGACUCGAACUCAGAUUAUCAGGUUUGGCAGCAAGCACCCUUACCUCCAGAGCCAUGCCAUUGGCCCUACUUACCAAGCUCUCCCAUGGCCACCAAAGCCACCUUGCUUCUGGUGGCCAUGGGUGUGUCAAGCUAUACUGCAGGAGGCCAUACUCGCUGUCUCUCAUAUUAUAUCUCCAGCUACAGCAAUUGUGAUGUGGGACCUGAAAGAAGAAGACAGAAGGAAAGCAAAAGGAAUAGUUCUGUCCCUCAGAGUCAGCACUCAGAAAGGCAGCAGACCCAGGCAAGCCUCAGGGCAGCUCCUGUGCUAGAGCGAGAGAGUCCUAGGACAGAAAGUAUACUGUCUUAA